AUGCACGAUAUAAAUGGCUCAGAUUUACCUCCUGUUAAAGAGGACACGUUUUGUAAACAUGUUUUAUACUACGAAAUAAAUAAUUCGUGGGUCCGUAUUUGGGAUUUGAUUAUUUUGAUACCGAAUGCACUGUUUGUAUUGUUCCUAGUCGUAAGAUUUAACAAAGCUCAGUUGAAGUUGCGUGCUACGAGCAGCCCUAUAUUCCUGACGUUUUACACAUUAGUAUGGGGUAAUGUUAUCAUAAGCCUGGUGCGAUGUGCUGUGUCUAUGACUGUAAACCCGUCUGUGCCACUCGGUGGUCUUGUAGACAAGAUUCUUUGGGUCAUGGUCAGGUUUUUCUUACUUGCCACUGAGAUGAGUGUUGUCAUUUUUGGUUUGGCAUUUGGUCAUUUAGAUAGCCGCAGCAGUAUUAGAUAUGUGCUUUUGGCAACAUCUCUCAUAUCCCUUGCUUUUACCGUAACGCAAGGUACACUUGAGAUUGUGAUGCCCGAUGAUAUAUUUCACAUAGAUACCAGAGACUAUUAUUUAUUUGGACAUGGAGGCAUGCUGUUUUGGUUCACAUCCUCUGUGAUUUUCGCUAUCAUUUACUUCUUAAUAUUACUUUUGCCGUGGAUACCAUUGAGAGAAUAUCUUGCAUUACCAACGAAACUCUCUUUCUACCUUUACGUGCUGUUGCUGGCGCUUCUCGACACGACACAAGCUAUUGGGACCGGCUUACUCGCCUGGGGCAACAUGCAAUGUGGCCUGUGCAUUGUCGAUGUGACAACAUGGCUAUACUUCUCGUUAUACACUCCACUUGUAUAUCACACGUUUCUCAGCGAAUUUUUCAGUGUAUCUCAACCAAGCAUCAUGUUUUCGUAUAAGGCUCAAAUGGAUGAACCAAUGGAUGACGAUCAAGUCUCAUUACCGCAUCAGCAGAGCUUCAGUUCACUUAAAACAGAUUCUGAUUAUAUUUAUCAGCAGAGCAACAGUGUUUAUGACAGCACUUUAUUCGAAGCAGGCGGGACGACACCCAUGAACCCAGUGUACAGCGCAUCAUUGCAGAGCCCCGAUUCAAUAGCGUCCGGACAGUCUAUAGAAAUCGGUGCUCCCACCUCAGGCUUUCAGAGCCAAAAUAUGCCUUCGACAUAA